AUCGGCUCGAUAGAGGCAAAACAACACAGCAACAUGGAUAUCACGAACUUGUUCAAAGCUAGCAUCAAAGCUGUUAAAACACGUAAUAAAGCUCUAUCGAAAUCCAAAACGGUUGACAGAAGUAUUUUAAACGUUUCAAAAACAAAAAGUACAGAAUUUUCAACAAAGUCAAAAGAUGUGGUCACCAAUAUUACCAAAUUGAGAGACUUUCUGUUAGAGCAUAGAAAACAAUAUAUAAAUGUCAGACAUCUAACAUCAAGCAAUGAACAAAUGAGUGAUGUGGAGAGAGACCAGAUUGACACAGCUGCACAAGAAUUUAUUCGGAACUGCUCCGAAACCCUGAAAUCAAUUAAAGCAAUUGCAAUUUCAAAGGACAUUUCAUCGCAGGCAUGCGAACAUCGAUAUGCCGUUCUAUCAUUGAUUGACGGCUAUUUAAAAGCUGUAUGUAAGAUAUAUAGUGAGCAGAGGGUGAUACGAAUGAAAAGAAUGGUGGAUGUUAAGCGAAUGGCAAGACUGGAACCAGAACGUAAGCAACAUUCACCAGCUGUCAACCAGAGGAACAAUGCAGAUAACAAUGACAAGCAGUCUUUUUCUUCCAGUCGGAUAGCCGAUUCUUCUACCAAAAGUACAAAUGAACCAGAUAUUACAAAGAAUAAAGUUUCCAAGCUUGAUACCUCGUGGCAGGAGGAGAGUGAUGAAGUUGUAAUUGAUGGAGAUGCCAUUUCACCAGAAGAGAUGCAAAUGUUUCAGCAAGAGAACGAAAGAAUUUAUGAAGACAUGAAUAACAUGGUCAAUGAAGUGCGAAAAAUAGAAGGCAGUGUUAUAGAAAUAUCAAAAUUGCAGCAGGUUUUUACGGAGAAAGUCUUGGAACAGGCUAAGGAUAUCGAUCGCGUAUUCGACACUGUUGUUGGGACGACAGAAAACAUUAAGGAGGGAAAUGAACAGAUACGAGAGGCGAUGAAGAACAAUGCUGGAUACAGGGUCUACAUACUUUUUUUUCUCGUCGUUGUGUCCUUCUCCUUGCUAUUCCUGGACUGGUAUAGCCCAUAAUUCUCAAAAUGUUUUAAGUGCUGCUCUAAUCAUGGUAAUGUCUGACACGUUAAACCCAACACAUUUAAAUCAAUGCAUUAAUUGCAAUUGCUUGUUGACAGUACUGAUAUCAUGCUGGUCAUGGGGUCUCUAUUUAAUGGGAAGUUGUUGUUAUGUAGUAUUUGAUAAUAGCGUUACAAUUCAUAAUAAAGUUUACUCUAAGAGUAUCUCUUAUUCAUAUUUUA